CUGCGCGCGGCCCCGCCCUCUGCCUCGCCGGGUGAAAGGGCGGCCGGGGGCCGCAGCCGCGGCAUUAGUAAUGGCGGCGAUGGCGUUGUGCCGGGCGGCAGCGGGCGGUAAGCGGCCGGCGGGCCGGGCGCUCCUCGCCUUGCUGAAGUGUGAAAUGCUCUGUUCAAGACGGUGCCUUGUAACUUCACGUCAACUAUAUUCAGUUGUGCAUGAUCCAGAUGAAAAGACUUUUGAAAAACUACUUAUUGCCAACAGAGGGGAGAUUGCAUGCCGAGUCAUCAAAACAUGUAAGAAGAUGGGGAUUAAAACAGUUGCCAUACACAGUGAUGUUGAUGCCAAUGCUGUUCAUGUGAAAAUGGCGGAUGAAGCUGUCUGUGUUGGCCCAGCUCCCACCAGCAAAAGCUACCUCAACAUGGAUGCCAUCAUGGAAGUCAUUAAGAAAACCAGGGCCCAAGCUGUGAGUCUGAAUGAGUCUAUCUGCUGCAGCUGUUUCAUAUAUAGAAAGCAGAAAAGCCAGAGUUUGUAUUUUUUUUUAAAGGUACACCCAGGAUAUGGAUUUCUUUCUGAAAACAAAGAAUUUGCUAGACGCUUGGCAUCAGAAGGUGUCACCUUCAUUGGACCUGACACGUGUGCUAUUCAAGCUAUGGGAGACAAGAUUGAAAGCAAAUUGUUAGCCAAGAAAGCAAAGGUCAACACAAUUCCUGGCUUUGAUGGGGUAGUCAAGGAUGCAGAUGAAGCUGUCAGAAUUGCAAGGGAAAUUGGCUACCCUGUCAUGAUCAAGGCCUCAGCAGGUGGUGGUGGGAAAGGCAUGAGAAUCGCUUGGGAUGAUGAAGAGACCAGGGAAGGUUUUAGGUUUUCAUCUCAAGAAGCUGCUUCGAGUUUUGGUGAUGAUCGCUUACUGAUAGAGAAGUUCAUUGAUAACCCUCGUCAUAUAGAAAUCCAGGUUUUAGCAGAUAAGCAUGGCAAUGCUUUGUGGUUAAAUGAAAGAGAGUGCUCCAUUCAAAGAAGAAAUCAAAAAGUUGUGGAGGAAGCACCAAGCACUUUCCUAGAUCCUGAAACUAGAAGAGCAAUGGGAGAACAAGCAGUAGCUCUUGCCAAAGCAGUAAAAUAUUCCUCUGCUGGAACAGUAGAAUUCCUUGUGGACUCCAGUAAGAAUUUCUACUUCUUGGAAAUGAAUACUAGACUUCAGGUUGAGCAUCCCGUCACAGAAUGCAUUACCGGCCUGGACCUAGUCCAAGAAAUGAUCCGUGUUGCUAAGGGUUACCCUCUCAGGCACAAACAAGCUGAUAUUCCCAUCAGCGGCUGGGCGGUUGAAUGUCGAGUUUAUGCUGAGGACCCCUACAAAUCUUUUGGCCUGCCAUCCAUUGGUAGACUGUCUCAGUAUCAGGAACCAUUGCAUCUGCCAAGUGUACGUGUUGACAGUGGCAUACAACAGGGAAGUGAUAUUAGCAUUUAUUAUGAUCCUAUGAUCUCAAAACUGAUUACUUAUGGCUCUAAUAGAGCUGAAGCACUGAAAAGAAUGGAAGAGGCUUUGGACAAUUACGUAAUUCGAGGUGUGACUCACAAUAUUUCUUUACUGCGAGAAGUGAUCAUCCAUCCACGCUUUGUUCAAGGAGAUAUCAGCACUAAAUUUCUGCCUGAAGUCUAUCCCGAUGGUUUUAAAGGACACAAGUUGACAGAUCUUGAGAGAAGGGAACUACUGGCAACAGCAGCUUCUUUGUAUGUGGCUGAACAACUGAGAUCACAGCGAUUUCUAGGAACUCCAAGAAUUCCUAUUGCUAAAUCGCAGAGAAAUACCUGGGAGCUGUCUGUGCAUCUAGAAGAUGGAGUUUACCCUGUUGCAGUUUCAAAGAACGGCUCAUCAUUUUCUGUGGAAGUUGAUGGGAUAAAACUAAAUGUGACCAGCGAGUGGAACCUGGCUUCACCCUUAUUGUCUGUCACCAUUGAUGGCACUCAGAGGACUAUACAGCGCCUUUCUCGGAAUGCAACUGGAAAUACAAGCAUUCAGUUUCUUGGCACAGUGUACAAAUUGCAAAUACUGACGAAGGUUGCUGCAGAGCUGAGCAAGUACAUGCCAGAGAAAGCAGCAGAGGACACCUCCAGCAUUUUGAGAUCUCCCAUGCCUGGAGCAGUGGUGGCAGUUUCUGUCAAGCCUGGGGACACGGUUUCAGAAGGUCAAGAGAUUUGUGUAAUUGAAGCAAUGAAAAUGCAGAACAGUAUGAUUGCUGCUAAAACAGGCAAGGUAAAAGCUGUGCACUGCAAAGCUGGUGAUACUGUUGGAGAAGGAGAUCUGCUGGUGGAACUGGAAUGAAGUGUUGCCUUCACACUGCUGAAUGAGCUAAACCUUUAUUUCCAUCCAUAGUGUAAAACUAAGGCAGUACAACACAGAAGAUGGGACAGGCCUAAGCACAAGAUUUUAUAUGGUCAUAUUUAUUGUGUCAGUGGUUAAGACAACAAACACAGAUGUUAAACCUUGGCAACAGAUCCCAGAUUUUUACUUCAGAAAUACUUGUAUAUAACCUUUGUAAUUCUCCUGUGAUGUUUCCAGAUCAAAUAAAAUCAAUAAAAACACUAUUUCUUCUUUAAAA